AUGGCGACGAGUGCAAUAAGAAAGAAGUUGGUUAUUGUUGGAGAUGGAACUUGUGGCAAAACCUGUCUUCUAAUAGUUUUCAGUAAGGACCAAUUUCCGGAAGUAUACGUCCCGACGGUGUUUGAAAAUUAUGUUGCUGAUAUCGAAAUGGAAAAUACAAGAGUUGAACUUGCGCUGUGGGAUACUGCUGGUCAGGAGGAUUAUGACCGGCUUAGACCUCUAUCCUACCCCGAAACCGACGUUAUUUUGAUGUGUUUUUCGAUAGAUAGCCCCGAUAGUUUGGAGAAUAUAUCCGAGAAGUGGACGGCGGAGGUCAAGCACUUCUGUCCAAAUGUGCCGAUAAUACUUGUUGGUAACAAAAAGGAUCUUCGAAAUGAUGAAAAAACUCGAAUGGAGCUUGCGAAAGUUAAACAGUCUCCUGUUACUACUGAACAGGGCAAGGCAAAAGCCAACCAAAUUGGUGCGUAUGGCUAUGUAGAGUGCUCUGCAAAAACUAAGGAAAAUGUUCGCGAAGUUUUUGAAAUGGCGACUCGAGCUGCAUUAGAAACUUCCAAGAAAUCAAAGAAGAAACGCUGCAAAGUUUUCUAG